CUUGUUUCCAACUAUUUUUUGGGAAAGUUUUACGACCAAGUCGCCAUCCCCUUAUUGCAAUGUCAAUCAAAAGGUAGACAUAUCACCAUGCCGAGGGACAGACCUCCAACCACUGGCUACGCCCGAAUUGCCCAGGCCGAAGAAUCCGAUUCAGACGACGAGCUUUCCCAUAGCUACGCCUCUUUGCAACCACCCAACGGUCCACGUUAUGCAUCCAUUACCCAGCCACGGCCGCACGGUGGCAUGUACACCGAUGGCACAACCUCUCCGAAUACCACACGAAGACCGCGGAACCGAAGACGAAUGCGUAGUAAUUCUUCUGGCGUGGACAUCAAGGCGAUCAAUGCGAGGCUAGAGAGAUGGGCGGAUGAGAUUGCUUCGAAGUUUAAAAUCAACAAAGUUAAGGGGAAGACGGAGCGAGAGGAGAAGUUGGAGAUACAUCAUUCCGUUUUCCAGGCGCCAGAGGGAGUACGACCCAUGACGGCUGAGUCGCUGGCUAUCGAUGUUGACCAUGGCCGGAUGUCGAAGAUGGAGUUUGAUGAUGUGGUGGAGAGUGUGAGGGUUGCUAUUGAGCAAGGCAUACAUCCGAAAAUGAUCUCACAAGGAAGUUCUGGAAGCUAUUUUGCGAGGAAUAGUGAUGGGAAGGUGGUGGGUGUGUUCAAACCGAAGGAUGAGGAACCGUAUGCGGCAGGCAAUCCGAAAUGGAACAAAUGGAUACAUCGAAAUCUAUUCCCAUGCUUCUUUGGCCGAGCUUGUUUAAUCCCCAAUCUCAGCUACGUCUCAGAAGCUGCUGCGUACACACUCGAUUGCAGACUGCGAACAAAUCUGGUACCUUAUACCGACAUCGUUCACCUCUCAUCGAAAUCAUUCCACUACGAUUUUUGGGCCCGCAGGAAUUUCUACAGGAAGAAGAAGCCUUUCCCACCAAAGGUUGGCAGUUUCCAGGUCUUUCUUAAGGGUUUUAAAGAUGCGAAUAUUUUCCUUCGAGAGCAUCCUUGGCCAGAUGUUAGUGGUGGGUACAGACCCACAGAUCAACCAAGGAAGAAGGGCAAGCCUUGGUCGGAGACUUGCAGGCCAAAUAGCUCAGCUGCUGAUGAUGAAGACGAAGAGGACAGCACCGCUCCGCCAGAAGAGGGCCAGAAACGAUUUGUCUGGACCGAUGCGCUACAGCAGUCCUUCCGGGGAGAGCUCGAGAAGUUAGUGGUAUUGGAUUAUAUUAUGCGCAACACGGACAGAGGAUUAGAUAACUGGAUGAUCAAAGUGGAUUUUGAGAACCAGGACGUUUCUAUUGUUUCGGAGCCGCCUCGAAUGAAUGGCGGGCACGAAGAAGAGCAAUCACCACGAUUGGUUUCUACAUCUGACGGCAUACCAGUAAAAUCCCACCCUUACAGAGUUCAGCAACCUAUGGAAGCGACUAGCAGGUCAGCAACACCUUCACGGAUUGGCGGACCAACUAUGUCGAUCGGAGCUAUCGACAACAGUCUUUCAUGGCCUUGGAAGCAUCCGGAUGCGUGGCGAAGCUUUCCAUUUGGAUGGCUUUUCCUCCCAGUAUCACUAAUCGGCCAACCAUUCUCUCAGGAGACAAGAGAUCAUUUCUUACCACUUCUGACCUCCAAGCAGUGGUGGAGUGAAACUCAAUUGGAAUUGAGAAAGGUCUUUUCCCAGGAUGCUGAUUUCCAGGAAAGGAUGUUCGCAAGGCAGAUUGCGGUCAUGAAAGGCCAGGCAUGGAAUGUCGUCGAGACUCUUAAGCUUCAAGAUCACGGGCCGUUGGAGCUGACUAGGAGAGCAAGGGUGUGCGUAUGGGACGACCUGGUGGAUAUUCCAGUCGCAGUACCCAUGCGAGUCCCGUCGGCUGAAAUGAGGAGACGAAAUCAUCCAUCAUUCCAGAAGGACCCCCAAGAAGAGAUGGAUAUCAGCACAGCCAACGCUUCUGCUCCUCAACCCGACCUUCUCAGCCUUGCAUCGCCAGCAGGAGAGCUUCCGAGCCCGAAUCGAUUUGAGUUGGCCAGUCCACGUGCGAGUGAAGACGCCUCUGGCAUUCAAUCUCCUGAAUCGCCUUCCGCACUCAUGACUGUGACGAAUGCCCUUCGAGAAGGCAAAAGCGGACUGGUCAAGUUCUCGGAAAGACCUACCAUGAACCAUUCACGAAACCGGAUGAGCUACGAUGGGCCAUCAAGAUCAAAUUCUCACACUCCUAGAAUUGAGGGCAGGAGAUUUUCCUUCUCGACGAGAAAUAAGAGAGUGCCGAUGAUGUACGACGGUGAUGAUCUGGAGGGCGACCUGGGGUAUGCAGCAGCCGAGGGUAUGGAAGGCAACCAAAGGAAGGUUAUUGUAGAAAGGCUCGAGACGGUAAAGAGCAAAAACCCGGUGUUUACAUGGUGUUAGUAAGAAUAAUUGGAUGUACAUUACACAGAGGGGGAGCACUGGCAGGCGUCGGGAAGCGGAGUUGAUCAUACGGCAGACAAGAUAAAGAUUUCUUGGAGCAUUUAAUGAACAUCCUUAGCAUCUGGGUCACCUCUUCUUGGCUGUUGUUAAAACGUGGCUCAUCCAGUAAUUCGUGGCAGGUAUUGAAGCUGUAUUUUGUUUUAUUUAGAAUAUUUAGAAUAUUACACAAGCCCUACAGACUCCGG